UGCUCCCCGCAAUCCCCAUAGUUUUUCUGGGAGUCCAGCUCAGUCACGCACGCCUCCAGCUUCAGUCAUGGCACCCAAAAAUACCAAGAAGAAAACAGCAGAGGGGGCCAAUUCCAACGUCUUCACCCUGUUCGAGCAGGCCCAGAUCCAGGAGUUUAAGGAAGCUUUCACCAUCAUGGACCAGAACAGUGACGGAUUUAUCGACAAGAAUGACCUGAGAGACACCUUCGCUGCCUUGGGUCGUCAGAAUGUGAAGCAGGAAGAGAUAGACAUGAUGCUGAAGGACGCUCCAGGCCCGAUAAACUUCACCGUGUUUCUGACCAUGUUUGGAGAGAAGCUGAAAGGUGCUGACCCAGAGGAGACCAUCCUAAACGCCUUCAAAGUGUUUGACCCUGAGGGGAAGGGCAUUCUGAAGAAGGAGUACAUCGCCCAGAUGCUCACCACUCAGGCAGAGAGGUUCUCCGCAGUAGAGAUUGAGCAGAUGUUCACCGCCUUCCCUCCAGAUGUGGCUGGUAAUCUUGACUACAAGAACCUGGUCUAUAUCAUCACACAUGGGGAAGACAAUGACCAGGAGUAAGAACCCCCAAGAACCAAUUUUCUGUAGACACGCCAAUUUUUACAACACCUCUCCCCUUCUCGUUCACCCCCGCCCAGCUGUAAAUAAGCGGUAGCUCCUGCAAGGCCAGCAUACCAGCUAACGCAAAACAUUCUCACAAUGUUGCUGCCAUGUAGUGGCAAUGUUAUAACGUUGACAAAACAUUUUAGUAACAUUGUGAGAACAUUUUGUGUUAGCUGGGAUGUCACUAGCUGCUUAUUUCUCCAUUUACUCUGUUACUUACACUCUGACACCUUUAAAAAUAUUCUUUAAAUGAAGAGUUGAGAAUUUGUCCCUUACUGAAAAAUAUUGCACAUCACUGGCUUUUUUGGACAUGUGCCCUAAAGUGUAAAAGUAUCCAGUGCAGCCAUGGAUUUGAUUGGACCUUUAUAAGAGCCAGGAUGAUUGGACAGGAAAAAACCUAGCAGUCUGUACAUAUACACCCAACCCCACCCCCAGCCCAAAACUCUAUGACCAUAAACGAUACAACCUCAACUCUCCUUGAGAUUUAUUUUGGGUUCCCUCAGGAUGGAUGGGGAAUCCAGGUAACUCUGUGAGCACACCUGUAGAAAUAAAACAUGUUUUGUCCAAUGA